CUUUUUGCUUUUCAUAAAGUUGUUUGUGUCGUCAUCUUGUGGUGGUGAUUUUCAAAACUUGUGUAUUAACUUUAAUUUGCAACGGACUAUUGUGCAUUUUAAAGCGUUUACUGCGUUCUGAGACAGUUCAUUUAUUAUUAUCUCAAGAAAACUACGAUGGCGGAGCCAAAACCAGAAAACAAUGGUAAUGGUAGUAACGGAGACGAACAAAGGGAGAACGGCGGAGGAGAUGAAGGCGACGCGUGGGGAAGCAGUGACUCCUCAUACAGACGGCAGGUGGCAAAAAUGCCUGUCGAUAGGAAUGCCGUAUAUUAUAACAUGAACCACAAGAGUCGUGGUAUGGCCAUUAUCUUCAACCACGAGCAUUUUGAUAUUCAUAGCCUCAAAUCGCGCACGGGAACGAACGUCGACAGCGAUAACUUGAGCAAGGUGCUCAAGGCCCUUGGCUUCCGAGUCACAGUUUGCCACAAUUUGAAAUCUGAGGACAUAAAUCGGUACAUACAAGACCUUGCUGGUGUGGAUCACACCGAUAAUGAUUGUCUGCUUAUUGCAGUGCUGAGUCACGGCGAACUUGGUAUGCUGUACGCGAAGGAUACUCACUACAAGCCAGACAACUUGUGGUACUACUUCACAGCUGAUAAAUGCCCAUCAUUGGCCGGUAAACCAAAGUUGUUCUUUAUUCAAGCUUGUCAAGGAGAUAAGCUUGAUGGAGGAAUUACUCUCGCAUCUUCAAAUCGCACAGAAACUGAUGGGUUGUCCAGUUCAACUUACAGAAUCCCUAUUCAUGCUGAUUUUCUGAUAGUGUUCUCAACUGUGCCUGGCUACUUUUCUUGGCGCAAUACUACUCGUGGGUCCUGGUUUAUGCAAGCAUUAUGUGAGGAGCUGCGGUAUGCUGGAACUGACAGGGACAUUUUGACCCUGCUUACAUUUGUUUGUCAAAAAGUAGCUCUUGACUAUGAGUCCAACACUCCAGACAUGCCAACUAUGCAUCAGCAGAAGCAAGUGCCGUGCAUCACCAGUAUGCUGACCAGACUCCUUGUAUUUGGCAGUAAGAAAUAAGUUUUGUUUCUACAUUUGCUUGAUUCUCUAAUGAUCUGUCAAGAUUAAAACAAUCUUAGUUCCAUUUAGUUUUUGUUUUUUAGAAUAAUUCAAUGUUUUAUGUAAUUCUGCAUUUCUGUGAUCUCUGAAGAGGUGCGAGCUUAAAUGUAUGAACAAAUCUUGUUUUAAUAAUUUGAAUACCUAGUUAAAAGUUGCAGUUGUUGGAGAUUAUAGAGCAGCUAGAAAUCCAUAAUAAUUAUUAGAAUAAUGUACUUAUAUGAGAUUUUUGAUACAUUAUUACUGUAAUGUAGUGCAUAUGUUACAUAUAUAUAUAAAAGUAUGCCUAAUAUACAUUCAAUUAUAUCAAAACUAAAUAACCCUUUGUAUAGUGUUAACUAUGGUAAGCUUAUUAUUACCAUGUUAUAAAUAAAUUUUCCUCUUGGCUAUAUUAAAUUGUCACAAAUGAAUAAGAUGCACAAAGUAGUAUAAUACUUAUGUAUUUAUAAUUACAGAUUAUGUGGGGCCUCCUAUUAUAAUCACAAACAUGGGUAGCUUAGAUCAUAGUGAUCCUACAACCACCAUGUUACCUACACCUCUAGAAAUGUCCUUGCCAGGCCUGAUUCAAAGAAAAUUCUUCUUAUUUGGUGCAUUUAUCAUAGUUAUAACGGUAAUUAUUACUUUGUUAUUUACCUGCUUGAAAUGCUUUGAUGCAAACAAUCAUGACAUCCACAGUAGUCAAAAUGCUCUAAGUUAAUCUGAUUUUUUAAUAAUUAUAUAAAGUAACAACUACUUUACAUACAUACUUUUUAGUACAUUUAUGAUUAUAUUAGGUUCAUUGAUACAUUUAUCUGUAACCAAAUAAUUAAUUUUCUCAUAUGCUUGACCUCAAACAAAAAUAUAAUGAACAAACAAUGCAACAUUAACAACUACUUAAUUUGUUUCUCAAUAUUAUGUUAUGUUUUUGUUAAUAUAGGAAAUGUUUAGUUAAAUUUAGUGUUACUAGUGAGAUCCUUUCACAGUAAUAUUGAACUAUAGAGGUGGUGAGGCGUUGUACAAUUGGCUAAUAAAUGUAUGUUGAUUUAGCUUAAACAUUAUCUUAAAUUAGUAAAACUGAUGUCAGUCAAAUUGAAGCCUCAUCCCUGAUUAGGUACCUCCAUAAACCUCAUAGCAUUUAGUUGUGCACUAGUUGUGAAUUUUGAAACUGCCACAAAAUAUGUGUAAUAUUCUAAUUUUGCCAGAAUAGAUCUGCCAUUCUUGUUUCCAUUUCAUUUACUUUUACUUAGUCAAUAACUGUAUGAGCUUAAUUUUAUUUUGUAUUGAAGUAAUUGUUUUUAAGUUAUUUUAUUUUUCUUAGUGUACCUUGAUUCCAUGAACAAAAUAGUGAAAAUGAGUUUGUUGAUUUUGAUGAAGUCUUGUCAAUUUUGUUUUAGUGUAAUUUAUAAAAUAUUCCUUAAAAUGAUCUUUAAAAUGUAAGAAUUCUGCCAUUUUAGUAUAGUAUAAUAUUGUAUUCCAUAUAUUCAUAUCAAAGUAUCAUACCAAUGAUGAAGGUGGUAAAUAGGUCAAAAUUAAGUAUUUUAUUAGAAAUUUGGCAAAGUUCAGAAAUGUGCUCAAUGUUGGACUGGUGUAUGUGAUAUGAAUUAUUGAACUGAUAAUGUUUAGAAUGUGAUAAAAAGUAUUCAAAAUACCUGUGAGGAAAGUAAUUGUAAUAUGCUGUGUAUGAUAUAUAUGCAUUCUUUUUGUAUGUGCCUUUAAAGACACUUUAAUAUUUCAUAGUUAUGUAAUGAUCAUUGGACUUGGACGCACAAUUUCCUCAUAGGGAUUUUAACGAGAGCAUAAUAACGGAGUUCGUUAGUGAAACUAUUUUUAUAAUGUUUGUGUAAGGUUUAUUAAGCAAUAAACUUUUCUUCCAUGAA